AUGGAUAAUUUCUCCAUAUAUACAACAUAUUUGACUUUGGAAUCACUGGACAUACUUCCAUCUAAUAUUGUUCCUGCAUUCAUAUUUGGGACUCUUGCAUACUGUGCAAUUCUGGUUUUUAAUAUGUCUGUAAUGCUAACAAUUGCUUUGAACAGGACACUCCAUAAGCCUAUGUAUGUUCUGUUGUUUAACUUGCCACUCAAUGAUAUGGUGGGUGCCUCAGCCUUUUUCCCUCAGCUGGUGUCUAGUAUUCUGUCACAGAAUACAUCCAUCACUUACUCUGCUUGUUUUGUGCAAGCCUUACUAGCACAUGUGUAUGCAGCUGGGUCCCUCCUCGUUCUCAGUGCUAUGGCUUAUGAUAGAUACAUUGCCAUUUGCUGUCCAUUGAAAUAUAACACCUUGAUGUCUCCAAAUAACCUGAGGAACAUAAUAAUUAUAAUAUGGACAAUUGAUUUUACUGCUAUUGGUUCACUACUUGCACUUACUUACCGCAAAGAGAUUUGUAGCACAAAAAUAGUGGACAUACACUGCAACAAUCCAUCUUUAAUAAAGCUUGUGUGUGGGGACACAAAGUUAAAUGAUUACUAUGGGCUGUUUACAAUAGUUUUUUUUUCAGGUCUGUCUCUGCUGAUAGUGGCCUUCACAUACAUCCAGAUCUUAAUCACAGUUGUGAUUAAAAGACAGUCUGAUGCUAAAAGUAAAGCGAUUCAGACCUGUGGUACACACUUAAUUGUUUUCUUAUGUUUGCAGUUAUGUGGACUCUUUGCUUUGAUAGCUCACAGAUUUGAGGCAGCACCCCCAAACUUACGAAAGGCCUUUGAUUCUUCUGCACUGAUAUUUCCUCCUGUAAUUAAUCCUCUAAUAUAUGGACUGAAAACAAAAGAAAUUCGACAGAAUCUUUUUUUUACCAUAAGAAAAUCUUCCAUACAGAACAAACAAUGA